AUGGAUAAAGUUAAAGCAUUAAUCAAAGCUCAUAAAUUAAUUAUUUUCUCAAAAACUACAUGUCCAUACUGCAUUUCAGUUAAAGAUUUAUUCAAAAAAUUAAAGGUUGUACCAUUUGUUGUUGAAUUAGAUUUAGAAUCUGAUGGUUCUGAAUUACAAUCAGCAGCUGGUCAAAUCUCUGGUGUUAGAACUGUACCACAAGUUUUUAUUAAUGAAAAGUUUAUUGGUGGUUGUGAUGCUACCACUAAAUUACAUUCUCAAGGUAAAUUAAUUCCAUUACUCCAAGAAGCAGGUUUUUUAUAA